UUGAACUGCAUGAACAGCCGCCUCUCCGGCGGGCUGCUCGCUUGGUCUCGGUGGUGUCCUAGGCUCUCCACGCCCGGCGGUGCCAGCCUGCGCCUUUCAUAGCCUCCUCGGUUCUCAGCGAUCCGAGUGGGUGGGUGCGCGGGCGGGCUGGCCCGGGCUGCGGCAGGCGGCUACGGCUGGAGCACUGCUUGGCGCGGCCGGACGGCGGUACCGAGUGCACGCUGCUUGGCGCUGCAGGCUGAUCCCGCCGUGUCCUUGGGAGCAGUGAUGUUGGGCACUUCUGCGGCCCGCGAGGCGGGCUCGGCGCUGCUAACAUUGCAGCAGACGGCGCCCCAAGAGGACCAGGAGAACAUCAACCCCGAGAAGGCGUCGCCCGCCCAGCAGCCCCGCACCCGGGCCGGGCUGGCUGUACUGAAGGCCGGGAACCAGCGGGGUCCGGCGCCGCCGCAGAAACCGAAGACGAGACGGGCUGCACCUCUUAAGGAUCUUCCUGUAAAUGAUGAGCAUAUUAUUGUUCCUCCCUGGAAAGCAAACAGUCAACAGCCUGCAUUUACCAUCCAUGUGGAUGAAGCAGAAGAAGAGACUCAAAAGAGGCCAGGUGAAUCUAAAAAAACAGAGUGUGAAGAUGUCCUGGCGUUUAAUUCAGCUCUUACUUUACCUGAACCAAGAAAACCACUGGUACCUCUUGAUUACCCCAUGAUGGGCAGUUUUGAGUCACCACAUGCUAUGGACAUGUCAAUUGUACUGGAAGAUGAAAAGCCAGUGAGUGUUAAUGAAGUACCAGAUUACCACGAGGACAUUCACACAUACCUCAGGGAAAUGGAGAUUAAAUGUAAGCCUAAAGUGGGUUACAUGAAGAAACAGCCAGACAUCACCAACAGUAUGAGGGCUAUCCUCGUGGACUGGUUAGUUGAAGUAGGAGAAGAAUAUAAACUCCAGAAUGAGACGCUGCAUUUGGCUGUGAACUACAUCGAUAGGUUCCUUUCAUCCAUGUCUGUGUUGAGAGGAAAACUUCAGCUUGUGGGCACUGCUGCUAUGCUGUUGGCCUCAAAGUUUGAAGAAAUCUACCCCCCAGAAGUAGCAGAGUUUGUGUACAUUACAGAUGACACCUACACCAAGAAACAGGUUCUGAGAAUGGAGCACCUAGUGCUCAAAGUCCUUGCUUUCGACUUAGCAGCACCGACGGUGAAUCAGUUUCUUACCCAAUACUUUCUGCACCAGCAGCCUGCAAACUGCAAAGUGGAAAGUUUAGCAAUGUUUUUGGGAGAGUUAAGUUUGAUAGAUGCUGACCCAUACCUUAAGUAUUUGCCAUCAGUUAUCGCUGGAGCAGCCUUUCAUCUAGCCCUCUACACAGUCACGGGACAAAGUUGGCCUGAAUCAUUAGUACAAAAGACUGGAUAUACCCUGGAAAGUCUGAAGCCUUGUCUCCUGGACCUUCACCAGACCUACCUCAGAGCACCACAGCAUGCACAACAGUCAAUCAGAGAAAAGUACAAAAAUUCAAAGUAUCAUGGUGUUUCUCUCCUCAACCCACCAGAGACACUAAAUGUGUAACAGUGAAAGACUGCCUGUAUUUUCUAAGAUUUAAAUCACUCAAAGCAUAUUGUGUACAGUUUUUAUCUUAGGUUUUAAUUUUACAAUCAUUUAAUACAAAAGUUGUGGUCAAGUGCAAAUUAUGGUAUCUAUUACUUUUUAAAUGGUUUUAAUUUGUAUAUCUUUUGUACAUGUAACUAUCUUAGAUAUUUGGCUAAUUUUAAGUCGUUUGGUAAAGUAUUAAUGAUGCCAACUGUCAGGAUAAGAAUUAAUAAAUUGAUUUGGAAAACUUG